UUUGGCCUGGACUAAAUUCCCCCAUCGUUCGAGGUAAAACCUUAGUGCAGCAUGAAUAUUCACCGCAGGAUAAUCAAUCAGACGAAAGUGUGAACAAAAUACGGGACUUUUUGAGCAAUUCUCGAAUUUUUAAAUUAAGUUCUAUUGAUCGCGGUUGGUCUGGAUCAAAAAUGCCUGGUCGCAGUAUUGGACCACCAGACCGCAUUGGUGAUGAAAAUUUUAAUAGUUUUGAUACCAGAGUACUUGAAAAUAAAAUUGUAUUUAUAAUGAAAGGAAAUAUGGGAAGAAAGAGACGUUACUCCGUAUUAUCCAUUACUGGAAACGGUCAAGGCUUGGCCGGUUUUGCUGUUGCUAAGGCACCCGAAGUGCGAACAGCUUUAAGAAAAUCAAAAAAUAGAGCAGCUCAAAAAGUAAUCAAAAUUGAGGUUUGUGAUAAACACACGGUAUUUCAUGAUUUUUUUUGUGCGUUUGGCCAGACAAGAAUAUUCGUAGCAAGGAAACCUGAAGGCUAUGGCCUCGUUUGUCAUCGAGCUAUCAAAACUAUUUGCAAAGUGAUUGGAAUACAAGACUUACAUGCCAAAAUAGAAGGAUCAACUAAUUUGCAGCACAUAGUAAAAGCAUUUUUCUUGGGGUUGUUGCAACAAAUCACACAUGAUGAAAUCGCAAAAAACAAAGAACUGAUUGUUGUGGCUCUUCGUAAUGAAACAGGCUUAAAGCCACAAAUCAUAGCUCAACCAGGCUAUUGUAGAACACAUAAUGAAAUUGCAAAAAAUGAAAUUUUGAAUUACACUCAAUAUAUUUUGGGCGAUAAAAUUAUUUUGAAUAAAAAUAAAUUGGUCCCUUCCUUUGUAAAUAGCAAAGGAUACACAUUAUAUUUAAAGAGAAAGGAGCAAGUGCGAAAUCAAGACAAAGCACGCAUUAAUAUGUACGCAUUUAGCGGUGGUCUUCAAAAUAACAAUGUUUUCUUAAAAUAAAGUCACACUAUAUUAGAAUAUAAAUAAAAAGAUUUUUUGUACUUUACAAAAUUACUUAUUUUCUACGCUAUCCGGAGUACAGACAAUGUGUGAAAAAUGGGAACAAGUGAAGAAUACGAGAAAUACAGAAAUAAAAAAAAUUUACGUCGAUAGAGAUUUUUGAGGCAAAUGUAACGGUGUAAUUUUUUGGGAAAACGAGAACGAUUUUUUGGGGAACGAGAGAGGUACGAAAGGUCAAAGGUCAAAUGCAGCCCUUUUUUCAAAUCCAAAUAUCCCGAAAACCAUUGCACAGAUUCCAAAAGAUUUGAUUUCGUUCAAUAGGAAGUAUGAAUCCCUUUCAUUAGAUACAUAUAUACAAUGACGAGCAAAACUGUAACAUGGUUUAACACUUUUUGUUUCAGCCACCGC